CAUUCAGCACUCAGUCUGCCUUGAGGAGAGAGAGCAGACAAUGCAGUCUCAGAAAGUUCAGUGAAUCUAUCUAUGUUAAGAGAAUGAAAGAAAUGAGACCAAGUCUUAUCCUGGCACGACAAGGAAAACUGUUUUUAGAAUUUUAGGAUUCUAGAAUUUCUUGCACAUCAAGGAAACUUGAAUUCCAGGGAAAUAUUCUCCAUAAUAUUGGACAAAAACAACGAGGCAUUUGUUGUGGUAGAAUAAGGCAAAACAAAGAAGAGGAGAGGAGUACCGAACUCUACACCAUCUGAUCAGGAUGAGCAUGAAUGGCACAUUGGAGAGGGGGGCUCAUCACCAGGUCCUUGACCUCUCUGAGGAGCUUCCAAACAACAGCCACCAUCACCAACACCAGCACCCAAACCUCCAGCACACACACUCCUUGGCCUCCACUGUGCCGGCUGGGAGCCUAGUUAGUGGGUCUGGGGUGGUUGUGCCUCCACCUUACUUCUCAGCAGAGGCUGGAGGAGGUGAGGCACCGCUGGAGCUGCGAGGCUCUCUGGACUGCUGGGCUUGUUCGGUGCUUGUAACGGCGCAGAACCUGGUGAUCGCGGCCAUCAACGCCUGUCUGGCUGGAUUUGUUUUCGGGCUGAUCCUGACGCCAGCUAUUGUCAUGGUGGUGUUCGGCUUUCUCUGCCAUUCAACGGUGCGACCAACUGGUACAUCACCUUACUGUUCGGAUCUACUAACAGAUGGUGGCUGUGUGGCCCUGCUGGUUGUGGGUUUCUUGUUAGUGACUCCGCUCCUGGUUUUGGCCUUGGCUGCAUACUGUCGGCUUGCUCGUCACCUUCAGCUGGGCCUCUGUUUUAUUCCCUACAGCCGUGCCGUCUACAAGAACCUUCCGGCUACCCAGCACCGUGGUCUGGGAGGAGGCUGCUGUGGACAGCGGGCUGGAAAUGAAGGAGGGAAGGGGAAGGUGUGGGUGUAGAAGGAAAACAUUACAGUAUGGCAUUAAUGCAGAAACUGAAAGUUGUAAAAGUGGCUGAUAUCCAUCAUGUUUUAUCUUGUGCCUCAAUUUCUGAUGCCUACAUUUAAUAUGACUUUGUUUAAACUUCAUUCAAGUACUCUACAUUUAAAAAAAAAUCUCUUUGUUUUAUGUUAAUAUUUUAUGUAUUAAAAACACUGUUUACCUUUUCAGAUAAAUACCAAGCACAUGUUUCUUAAAACUGUAAAAAAAAAAAAAAAAAAAAAAAAAGUAUAUAUAUAUAUAUAUAAGCAUUUACAUUGAUGUUUAUUUUCUC